GUUUAUAAAAAAUUAAAAAUUAUGGAUGCCAAAAUUUGAUGGAAAAAAGAAAAAAGAUAUAUUUUAUUUUGAAGAAUCAGGUAUGCUUAGUUUCAGAAUAAUAAGGCACUUUGUAUUUUUUAAGACAAGACGGGAAGAAAAACUUCAUCUCAUCCCACCCACGUUUUUCAAACCUUGCCUUUUGAAAACUUUUAUGAUAAUGAUUAUUUUUUUAAAAAAAUUAAAAAUAAUAUAUUUUUUAAUUUUACUUUUUUAAAUGAACAUAUUAAAAUAAUAAUAAAUACACUAAAAAAAUUAAAAUAAAUAAUUUUAAAUUUUAGCAAAAUCAUGCCUAGCCGAUAACCAAACUGACUCUUAAAAGUGAGGAAAACAUCUUGUUGCUUUAUUUAGCAAAAAAACAAAUAAAUGCAAUGUUAAAAUUAGAGUUUUAUAAUUGUUAAGAUUUAACUUGAUAAGAUAAAAAUUUCCUCACAAAAAGAGAUUUGCCUUAAACCUUAGAUAAAACCAAUAAAUAAAAAUAAAACUUAGAUUAACAAUCAAUCAAUAAUACAUUUUAUCUUAGAUAAGGUGCAAUAAGAUGAUACAUCUUUUUCUUAUGCAACUAGUUUCUUUACUCGCACUCUCGCAAAUCAUAGGUUUUCUAAUGACAAUAAUACUAGGUAACGACUCCCUCUAAUCAUAACUUUAUGAUUAAACCCAAAAACACUCUUCAAUUCGAUAAGACAACCCCGUUAUUUAAUGUCGCUCACAUCACGAGAGGGCGGUGGCUCCACUGGGAACUUGCUUGACUUAACUUUGUUUGCUUGUUUAUUUAUUUAUUUUUGUUGGUCUGAAUAAUUUAAUUUUAACAUGUAUUUUUUAAUAUAUUAUUCAUGUGUAUUUCUUUAUAUGCUCCUUAUGCAUAAGUAUAUUGAAUAUGAAUUAAUUUUUUUAUACAUUUUAAUUUUUAAAUAAAUUUAAUUUUAGAUUAAAUGGGGGAAUAGAGGUCUGUUUUGUUUUUUUUUUUUUAACUGAGAGAGAUUUCAAAGAAUAAUUUUAUUAUAUCAAUAUAAAAAGAAUAAUCUUGUUUAUAAGAACACAAAAUCACGGGUACAAAAAAUUGAUGGAAAAAAAGAAAAAAAUAUAUUUUAUUUUAAAGAAUUAGGUUUGCUUCACUUCAGAAUAUUAAGGUACCUUUUUUUAGAAGAAAAGACAGGCAGGGAAGCUUCGUCUGGUCCCACGCUUCUCACACCUUGCCUGUUGAAAACUUUGACAAUUCAUUAUCUUGUUGCUUUAUUUGGCCGUUAUCUCUGUUUUGCGCGCUUUCUUUUUCUUUAUUUAUUUAUUUAUUUAUUUUAAACAAAUUAUUUAUUUCUUUGUGCAUACGAUUUCUUUUCCAAAGUGAAAUGAUUCUAUCUCUAGACUAAAGGACGGAAUAAUUAAUUUAAAAGUUGAAAAUUCCAUCCAAAAGUAGCCGAUGGUCAAAUUACAAAUCAAUUUGAACACCAUCUUAUAUCAAAUCCACGUGGAAGCGGCAGUGGACAGCACCACUCUUAUAAAGCUUUUUUAUAUUGGGCCAAGAAUAAUUUAAUUUACUCUUAAUUGUUUUCGGCAUCGCAAAAGGGUUCGAAUCAAGACACCUUGUCAGUAAUAAAGUAUGUAAUUUAAUUAAAGUCAAGUUUUUGUAUGGACCGACUUUAAUUAAAGAUAUCGAUAUGUUCAAUAUUUUAAAAAACUAUUUUGCUUGGAAAAAUUAAAAAAUCAAAAAACAUUUUCUUAUUAAAAAAAACAAUAAAAAUUCACAAUACAAUUCCAUCAUCAGUGAAAUAAACGGUGAUAAGCCGCUGUCGACAAUAAAAUAUUCUCCGUGCGAAAUCGUUCGAACUAGAACGAAUAUCGACAGUUUCUUUCUCUCUUUUUUCGUGUUUGGUAAAGGGCAUUGAAGAAGAGAUGAAAGAAAAAGAAAAAACCCUUGCCGCCUCGCCGGAACCUAAAACGAGUACCUUUACUUUCCAGGUAACACACAAACCCUUGUCGCCUCGCCAGAUUACAACACCACUUUUACUCUUCCUGUUUACAUCAUACAAACCCGAUUCUUUAGUUUCUUUCUUUCCUUCGAUCUUGCUUUAAUUUCUAAGCGAUAGCCAUUUGCAAGCUACCCAGAGGCAGCAAUUUAAUUAUGGCUCUUGUUAUCGGAGACGCUAUCCUUUCAGCUACAAUCAGCCAUAUAAUCAACCAAUUAGCCUCUCUGGAGCUACUCAAGUUCGCUCGCAGAGGAAAAAUCCACUCUGAUAUCAAGAAACUGGAGGCAAAUUUGCAUAUGAUCCAUGCUGUUCUUGAUGAUGCAGAAGAGAAGCAGAUGGGAAGCCAAGCUGUCAAACUCUGGCUUGAUCAGAUCCGUGAAUUGGCCUAUGAUAUGGAAGAUUUGCUCGACGAGGUUUUCACUGAGCUUAAAGAGGAGCAGCGAGCUAGCUCAAGUAAGGCGAAGAGCGCCAUACCCGGGUUCUUUUCCUCUUUUAAUCCUGGUAAUUUGCUCUUAACUUACAAAAUGGGCUCCAAUAUUAAGAGAACUACUGCUAGAUUUCAAGAAAUUGCUCAAAAGAAGAAUAAUCUUGAACUUAGAGAGAAUGGCAGUGGAGGGGUGUUGAAGAGUAAGUCAUUGAAAAGAUUGCCCAGUACUUCUUUAGUGGAUCUUUCUUAUGUUUCUGGUAGGGAUACUGAUAGAGAGGAAAUCUUGAAGUUGCUUUUUAGUGAUGAAGGGAAUGAUGAGUACGGGAUUGGUGUGAUUCCUAUUGUAGGGAUGGGUGGUGUGGGUAAGACCACCCUUGCUCAGCUUGUCUACAAUGAUGAGAAUGUAGAUAAUUUUUUCGAUUUGAAAGUUUGGUGCUGUGUUUCUGAGGAUUUUGAUGUUGUUAGGGUUACGAGAACUAUUCUUGAGGCAGUUUCGGGGAGUUACGAUGCGAAGGAUUUGAAUCUGCUUCAACUUAGGCUGAGAGAGAAAUUGUCGGGGAAGAAGUUUCUUAUUGUUUUAGAUGAUGUUUGGAAUGAGAACUAUGAUGACUGGACUGUCCUUCGCCGUCCUUUCCAAGUGACAUCCCCUGGGAGUAGAAUCAUCCUCACAACUCGUAAUCAAGAUGUUGCAUUAAUGAUGAGUGCUUUUCCGUGUUACCUUUUGAAAGAACUGUCAUUUGAGGAUAGCCUGUCUUUGUUUGCAAAGCAUGCACUGGGAAGGUCCAAUUUCAGUGAGCUGCCAGACCUGCAGGAGAUUGGCCAGAAAAUAGUUCGAAGGUGCGGGGGACUGCCAUUGGCUGUUAAAACACUGGGGGGCCUCUUGCGCACUAAACCUUAUGUUGAUGAAUGGGAAAGUGUACUUAAUAGCAAAAUGUGGGAUAUAGCAGAACACAAGGGCGGCAUAGUUCCUGCCUUGAGGUUGAGCUACUAUCAUCUUCCUUCACACUUGAAGCAAUUGUUUGUUUUCUGUUCUAUACUUCCAAAAGACUAUGAAUUCUAUAAGGAUGAAUUAGUGUUGUUAUGGAUGGCCCAAGGGUUUCUGCCAGAUGCAGGAGGAAAGAAGCGGAUGGAAGACUUCUAUUCUUGUUUUAAUGAAUUAUUAUCAAGAUCGUUUUUCCAGCGAUCAAGCAGCACUGAACAACGUUAUCUGAUGCAUCAUCUCAUCAGUGAUCUGGCUCAAUCUAUUGCUGGAGAAACGUGUGUCAAUUUAAAUGAUAAGCUGGAAAAUAACAAGGUCUUUCCAGAUCCUGAAAAGACUCGCCAUAUGUCAUUCACUCGUCGUACAUACGAGGUGCUGCAGAGGUUCAAAGACCUGGGUAAACUGAAGCGUCUGCGGACUUUCAUUGCAUUGCGACUUUACUCUUCACCUUGGGCCGCAUAUUGCUACUUGAGUAAUAAUGUAUUACAUGAGGCACUGUCCAAAUUGAGACGCUUAAGAGUUCUUUCAUUGAGUGGUUAUUGCAUUACAGAACUACCAAAUUCAAUUGGUGAUUUGAAGCAGUUACGUUACCUUAAUUUCUCUCAAACUAAGAUUAAGCGGUUGCCUGAAUCUGUGAGCACUCUCAUAAACUUGCAGACUCUCAAAUUAUAUGGAUGCAGGAAGCUUACUAAACUGCCACAAGGGACUGGGAAUCUUAUCAAUCUUUGUCAUCUGGAUAUUACUGAUACUGAUAAAUUGGUUGAGAUGCCUUCAUGGAUGGGUAAUUUGAAAGGUCUUCAGAAAUUGUCAAAGUUCAUCGUAGGAAAAAAAGAGGGCUGCGGAAUUGAAGAAUUAAAAGGGUUGAAGAAUCUUCAAGGCCGACUUUCCAUAAUGGAAUUGCAUAAUGUGAUAGAUGCUCGACAUGCAGUUCAUGCUAAUUUAAGGGGCAAGCACGACCUUGAUGAGUUAGAAUUGGAAUGGUCUAAGAGUGACAUUAAAGAUGAAGACCGACAACAUCAAAUUCUCGACUCACUACAACCUCAUACAAACCUUAAAGAACUAAAGAUUUCAUUCUAUGGCGGGACAGAAUUUCCUUCAUGGGUAGGACAUCCAUCAUUUUCCGAAAUAGUGCACUUAAAACUGUCUUGUUGCAGGAAAUGCACUGUAUUGCCACCACUUGGGAAGCUACCUUUACUCAGGGAUCUGUGCAUACAAGGCCUGGAUGCUGUGCAGACUGUUGGUCCUGAGUUUUAUGGAGAUGGUUCUUCAGUCAAGCCUUUUCCAUCUCUGAAGACUUUGACAUUUGAGGAUAUGCAGGAAUGGAAAUCUUGGUCCGCAGCUGGAGUUGAUGGAGAAGCUGAAGAAGAAUUUCCUAGUCUUUCUGAGCUUACUUUAUGGAACUGUCCCAAGUUGCUUGGCAAGUUCCCUAGCUGUCUUCCUUCCUGUGUAAAGAUUACGAUUGCAAAAUGCCCAAUUGUGGUAAAUUCAGACGAAAAGCUUCCAGUGCUUAGUGAACUGAAAUUAGAAGAAUGUGAUGAGGUGACACCUAAAUGCAUGUUUCAUAACUCCUCCCUAAUCACAUUGAAACUUGGGAGCAUGUCAAGGCUUACUUGUUUGAAGGGCCAGUUUCUGCAGUCACUGGGAGCACUUAAAGUUCUGGUGAUUUCUGAUUUUCCCGAACUAACCUCCUUGUGGCAGAAAGGAACUGGAUUAGAAAAUUUUGAACAUCCUCAAUUUGUGUCAUCGACAGAGAAUGGUAUGCCCAGCACACAUACAAGUUCAAAAUUGUCAGGCUGUGGUAAGCUGGAUCUUCUGCCAAUCCAAAGGGUGCACAUGCUUUUGUCUCUUGAGGACCCGUGCAUUGAAUCAUGUCCAAAUCUUGUGUUCAUUCCUGAAGCUGGACUUUUAUCGUCACUGAGACAUCUAGUACUUCGGGAUUGCAAAGCUCUUAGAUUCCUUCCUGAUGGCAUGAGCAAUUGUCCUCUUGAAGACUUGGAGAUAGAAGAGUGUCCUUCGCUCAAAUGCUUUCCAGGAGGGAUGUUACCUGCGACGUUAAAAGGGUUGAAGAUUCGAUACUGUACAGAAUUAAAGUCUCUGCCUGAGGAUUUGAUGCACAACAAAAAUGGCCCUGGCUUCCUGUGUCAUUUUGAGCACCUGGAGAUCAUUGGCUGUCCAUCUCUCAAAUCCUUUCCUGAUGGGAAAUUACCACCUCGACUCAAGACACUAAAAAUCUGGGAUUGUUCCCAGUUGAAGCCUCUUUCAGAAAUGAUGUUGCAUGAUGAUAUGUCCCUUGAAUACCUAGCUAUUUCAGACUGCGAAGCCCUGUCAAGCUUUCCUGAGUGCCUUAGCAGCUUCAAGCAUCUCUCUGAAUUAAAUUUAAGUAAUUGUUCUGCUCUCAAGUUCUUUCCAGGAGAUGGCUUUUCUUUCGCUAACCUCAGAACGUUGACUAUAUACAAUUGCAAAAAUCUCAAGUCUCUACCUAAUGAGAUGCGAAAACUCACAUCCCUGCAAGAACUGACAAUUUGUAGCUGCCCAGCUCUGGAAUCCUUUCCAAAUGGUGAUCUGCCUCUAAACUUGACAUCGCUUGAGAUCUGGGAUUGUGAUUGUCUCGACGGGUGCCUGUCAAAGUGGAACUUGCAAAGUCUAGCCUUCCUUAGAGAUUUUAGUAUCGCUGGUGGAUGUUUUUCGGACACAGUUUCCUUUCCAGAUGAGAAGUGUCUGCUUCCUGCAACUCUAACUUCUGUUUGGAUAGGAAGACUUCCAAAUCUGGAAUCUCUAUCCAUGCAGCUCCAAAGUCUUGCGUAUCUAGAAGAGCUAGAAAUUGUUGAUUGUCCUAAAUUAAAGUCCUUGCCUAGGGGAUGCCUACCUCAUGCUCUUGGAAGAUUCAGCAUCAGGGACUGUCCGUUAAUGACACAGCGCUGUUCCAAGCUAAAAGGAGUGUACUGGCCAUUGAUAUCCCACAUCCCAUGUGUGGAGAUAGAUGAUGGCAAUGACAUGUAAAGAAUUAUGGAGUUGCUUGUUAUAAUGUCUCUUUCAUAUACAUAUGUAAAAUGUAUCCCUUCUGUAAUCAAUAAUAUUUUGAAUUAUCGAAAAAAAGGUGUUCUGUUUCUGACUUGCUGGAAGUUGUGUUUAAUUCUAAUUUUGAAGGGAGAAGGAUUUUUCAUGGUAUCA